UCGUGAAAUACAAAGUUGAGCGCGCUAACAACCUGAGCUAUGAAGGCUUAUGUCAAGUUAAUUAUCUAAUCAAAUACAUGACAUUUGCAUUUUCUACAACGGCUUUUUUAAGAUGUCUUCGUUGAACGUUUUAUCACAACUAGUUCUGCAGCAAUUAUUUCCAAAUACUUUUUAGACCUGGCCCUUCUCAGUGGCGACUCGUGGGCACACACUGGAAAGGAAUCCCGGGAUUCGUUUUUCCCUUAGGAAAACAAGUUCUCCGCUUAAUGAAAAUUAAAUAUAUUUUAAAACAAUCAGUUGGGGCAAUAACGAUUUCUGAAUGUGACUACAGGGAGCUAAAUGUGACCACUCAAAAUGCAUUUAACUAUGUAUGUGUCUAUUUAAUCAAAAAAUUAUUACAUAUCCACUCUUGCGAAAUUUGCGUAAACUUCUCAGAAGAAUGCAAUUUACUUAACAAUUCUAACUUGUUAACACAUUUUAAAGCAUACAACGCUGAAGAAAAGAUAUUUGGCAAUUUAAAAUCUCCCAGCGAAAAAUUUCUCUUUUAUAUUUUCAAAUUAGAAAAAAUAUUUAUAUCUCUAUUUGAUAGUUUGUCAACUAAGCCUGGAAUUUCCAACGCAUACCUUUUUGAAAUGAGCAAAAUAGAAUUUGGUCAUUCUUGCCAACAAUUUGCGAAAAUGUACACCAUUAAAUUAUUUAUAAUUUUUUAUACUCUUAAAUAUGCAAACAGAGAUUUGAAAUCCUCGAAAAAGUCAAACAAAACCAAAAGAAAAAUUAAAAUUUUGUCCCAUUUAUAAAUAUUAUUAAUUUUUUUUCAUUAUAUUUUUGGCUGCUUUAUAAAAAAAAGUUAAUUUUCUUUGUAGUUUUAUUUCUUAACUAUUCCAAUGGUCCAACUAACGUUUUUUCGUAAUCACAAUAGUAAGCCGGUAAAGAUGCCGCUGCUUACAUUCGUAUCUGGUCUAGGUAAUUUGUGCCAUGGAUUCAGUACGUCACGAUGAGGACAGCGCAUGUGUUCAUCUCUUGCUAAGCGAUAUUGUCGUUAUUUUUGUUUUUCGCAUCAUAAUGAGAGAGAAAACAACAGAGGCACACAUUUAUUGUGCCCAUCUUCCACUUAAUUUUAGAAUUCUCGGAACGUCGCUCAACGCCCGGUCGUCCAGUGUCGUGCCAACGCGGUUUGCGCUGAAUAUUAGAUAAAAUAAUAGACAUUGAUGAAAAUAUAAAAUAUGUAAGUUAUUGAUUUUUUUUUGGUUUAUUAUACUAGGGCAUGUGCCCAAGUGCCUUUAGAGCAAACCGCCACUGGCCCUUCUAUUGGCCUGACAAAAUCGGCAGUGACAUACCUAAUCAAAGAACAUUCCCUUGUGAAAUUCGAGCAAACAAAUACUUGACUAUGACUAGUAGACUGGGUCAAAAAAAUUGACUAUUUUUUUUUUGAAAAAUAUAUCGAGAAUGUCAUUCAGGAUGACAAAAAAAAAUUCGUGAAAAU